UUCAGUCAUCAACCUCCAACAGCAACCCAGUUCCUCCAGCCAGACCCUUGGACAACGUCCACCAUGAGCAAGUCCUUCUCCUCCCAGUCCGCCCAGUCAGCCUCUUCCUACCGCCGGACCUUCGGUUCUGGUAUUGGAUCCACCCCAGGCAUGUCCUCCAUGUUCUCCCACGGUGGACACGGCUCCUCUGGCUCGGCCCACAUGUCCUCCAGAGUCUACGAGAUGACCAAGAGCUCUGCCCGGCCCAGCUACUCCUCCGGCAGCAUUCGUUCCUCCUCCGGCGGCGCGAUGCGCUCGUACGCCGGCAUGGGCGAGAAGCUGGACUUCAACCUGGCCGACGCCACGAACCGCGACUUCCUAGACACCAGGACCAAUGAGAAGGCAGAGCUGCAGCACCUGAAUGACCGGUUCGCCAGCUACAUCGAGAAGGUCCGUUUCCUGGAGCAGCAGAACGCUACUCUGGUGGUGGAGAUCGAGAGGUUGAGGGGUCACGAGCCGACCCGCGUGGCCGAGAUGUACGAGGAGGAGAUGAGAGAGCUGAGGCGUCAGGUGGACGGCAUGUCCAAUGACCGAGCCCGCAUGGAGGUGGAGAGAGACAACCUGGCAGACGACCUGCAGAAACUCAAACUCAGACUGCAGGAGGAGAUCCACCAGAGGGAAGAGGCAGAGAACAACCUGUCUGCCUUCAGAGCUGACGUGGACUCUGCCACUCUGGCCAGGCUGGACCUGGAGAGACGCAUUGAGAGUCUACAGGAGGAGAUCGCCUUCCUCAAGAAGAUCCACGAAGAGGAGAUCCAUGAGCUGACGAGCCAGAUGCAGGAGACCUCGGUGCAGGUCCAGAUGGACAUGUCCAAACCAGACCUGACCGCUGCCCUCAGGGACAUCCGUAUGCAGUACGAGGGCAUCGCAGCCAAGAACAUCUCCGAGGCAGAGGAAUGGUACCAGUCCAAGGUGUCAGACCUGAACCAGGCUGUGAACAAGAACAACGAUGCUCUGAGACAGGCCAAACAGGAGAGCAUGGAGUUCAGGCAUCAGAUCCAGUCCUACACCUGUGAGAUCGACUCUCUCAAGGGAACCAACGAGUCUCUGCUGAGGCAGAUGAGGGAGAUGGAGGAUCGUCUAGGAAACGAGGCUGGAGGUUACCAGGACUCCGUCACCCGUCUGGAGGCUGAGAUCGCCAAGAUGAAGGAUGAGAUGGCUCGUCACCUCAGAGAGUACCAGGACCUCCUCAAUGUCAAGAUGGCCCUGGAUAUAGAGAUCGCUACCUACAGGAAGCUACUGGAAGGAGAGGAGAGCCGGUAG